GAUAGGUGGCAGUACAUUUAUAUCAGCUGACACCACUACUGGAGUCAACACAGGCGACGAAGUGCGGCGGCGAGCGAUGAAAGGUUAUUCUAUAGUGACUGGUUGGAGCUCCAACAUGCAGAGUUUGGUAGUACGUGCACUGGCCAUGAGGCAGCUGGGAAGGUUGAACCCUCGCCACCUGCAGGCUGCUGGAUAUGGAUUGGGGCACACUGAAUGGUGUCCGAGGACCAUUCACACGCGCCAGCUGUGGGGCUGCUCGGCCUUCCCUGCACUUCCCUGUCACAGGUUGCCUCUCCGUAGCAGGGACGCCGUCAGGAGUUGGUCUGUUCAUCAGUUGAGGUUUAAAAGCAACAAGAAGAAGAGUUCUUCUAGAGCGGCACAGGAAGAGGAGGAGGAGGAGGAGCAGGAAAAAGAAAAAGAUGAAGAUGAAAAAGACCCAGAGGACAGUGAUUAUGAAGAUGUGGAUCCAAAUUACCCAAAGGACUAUAAGGACAUGGAGAAAUAUGUGCAGUCGUUGCGGUAUGAUGCCGUACUGAAGGCUGGCGUGGACAUAGCUCGCAAUAAAAUUGAGGACGCAUUCUACAGCGGCAAUCUCAGACUAAAUGGACAGAGACUCAUCAAGAAAAGUAAAACAGUUAAAGUUGGGGACACCUUGGACAUGGUACUAUCAGAGGACCCAGAAAAAAACACUGUUACUUUGGCACGAGUCAUCCUCAGAAGGGUUUUUGGUGAAACCAGUAGAACAGACAAAUAUAAAGUUGCCCUACGACGGUGGAAAUGCCUCGAGCUUUCCAAGGAAGAGGCCUUUAAGCCGUGAACCUGCAUAGCAGAGUACUGACUGUAGCAUCAUUGGCCAGCGAGGGCAACGAUGGACAUAUGAGUGCUAUCAAAUGACUUCUAUUUAAGUGGCUUCCAGCAUGUUGGAUAGAGAUUGGAUCACACAGGUGUAAUGUGAUGGUUAAUAUUUGUCAGUGGUCGCAGACAUUAAGAAGUUGACUAAGAGAAACAUUUUUAAUCUGUACCUUUCCCCUCAUUGUUGUGAAACUCAAUAAAAGGUGCACUUCAAA